AUGCCUGAAACAUUCAAAGUCGAGUUGGAUACGCCAAUUUACAAAGGAAGCGUCUCGUGUAACACUGGUCUCUUCAUUAAUGGCAAGUUCGUUGACGCUGUAGAGGGUGGAACUAUCGAUGUCAUCAACCCAUCUACCGGAAAAUUACUCACAAAGGUAGCCGCGGCAACCUCAAAGGAUGUUGACAUUGCUGUUGAAGCGGCGAAGAAGGCGUACAAAACGAGCUGGGGUCUCAAGGUUUCUGGCGCCCAGAGGGGUGAGCUCCUGAUGAAGCUUGCCACCCUUUUGGAAGCCAACAUUGAUGAAUUUGCUGCUCUUGAGUGUUUGAAUGUUGGGAAACCAUGGUCAGAGUCAAAAGGAUUCGAUAUGAAACUCACGCUGCAAACUCUAAAGUAUUAUGCUGGCUGGGCCGACAAAGUUCACGGGAAGACCAUUGAGACCAACGAGCAGAAACUGGCAUACACCCGACAUGAGCCUUACGGGGUAGUCGGUCAAAUUAUCCCGUGGAACUAUCCUUUGACUAUGGUGUCCUGGAAAAUAGGACCUGCUUUGGCCACCGGAAACGUGGUUGUUUUGAAGCCAUCCGAAAUAACUCCCCUUACCGCCCUGAAACUCGCUGGCUUGGUACAAGAAGCUGGUUUCCCUCCUGGUGUCGUAAACAUCAUUCCCGGAUACGGCGAGUUGCAUUUCAUUUAUGUGCGAGCAACGGCUGGUGCCGCAAUGUCAUUGCAUCCUGAUAUAAGGAAGAUCGCGUUCACCGGAAGCACACUGACAGGCCGUAAAAUCCAAGAAGCAUCUGCCAAAUCUAAUCUCAAAGUUGUCACACUGGAACUGGGCGGGAAGAGUCCCAACAUCAUUUUCAAUGAUGCGGAUUUGGAACAGGCAGUGAAGUGGGCAGCAAUUGGAAUCUUCUCUAACUCGGGCCAAGUAUGCACCGCUGGUUCACGAAUCUUUGUACAAGAGGGAAUAUACGAUGCGUUCAUCAAGGCCUUCAGUGAAGCUGCAGCUGGAGUCAACACGAAAACUGGGGACCCGUUUGCAGAAGGCACUAUCCACGGGCCAGUAGUGUCUCAAACUCAGUUUGAUCGGGUUAUGGGCUACAUCGAUGCUGCCAAGGCAGAAGGGGCGACCGCUUUCAUUGGCGGUGAACGUCACUCCCUUACCGAAGGUUUCUUUGUCAAACCAACCAUAUUCACCGAUUGCACUCCCGACAUGAAGAUUGUUCAAGAAGAAGUUUUUGGUCCUGUAGCAGCGGUUGUCAAGUUCAAGACGGAGAAUGAGGUCAUCGAAAUGGCGAAUGAUAGCAACUACGGAUUAGCCUGCGCCGUGUUCACGGAAAAUGUUAGCAGGGCAAUCAGAGUAUCUAAUGCGCUAGAGGCUGGAAUGGCAUGGGUCAAUUGCAAUGUGACCACAGAAUACAACGUUCCGUUCGGUGGCUACAAACAAUCUGGGUAUGGCCGCGAACUGGGUGCAUAUGCAAUUGAUACAUAUACCCAAGUCAAGGCUGUCCACAUCAAUGUAGGGCUCAGGAUCUGA